AUGGCACCGUGGCCGCCUCUUGAAAGCGCUUCCAGCAUCCACGCCUCCUCCGAACUUCAGCCCCAUCACCAUGCCCUCGUCUCUCGAAAUCUCCAGCAUCCAACGCACACCCAGGCCGUCACACUGGGUGUCAUUGGCGGCUACGUCGUGGCCAUUGCCAUCCUCUGGAAUGUGCCGUACCUGCGCAUGAUUCUCUGGCCAUUCAAGAUGCUCGUCAUUGCCUUCCACGAGUUCGGCCACGCCAUCACCGCCAUCCUCACCGGCGGCCGCGUCAAGUCCAUCUCGCUCGACCCCAACGAAGGCGGCGUCACCCACCUCUCCGGCGGCAUCAGCGCCAUCACCCUCCCCGCGGGCUACCUCGGCUCCUCCCUCAUCGGCGCCCUGCUGACCAUGUGCGGCUUCGACAUCGUCGCCAGCAAGGUCGCCAGCAUCGUGCUCGGCGUCUGCUUCCUGCUGACCCUCUGGUGGGGGAAGCGCGACUGGCUGACGGUCCUGACGGUGCUGCUGGCCGUCGGCCUGCUGGUGGGCUGCUGGUUCAUUGUGCAUGCCGAAGCGCUGCGCUUCGUCGUGCUCUUUAUUGGCGUCAUGAGUUCGCUGUACAGCGUGUGGGACAUUUGCGAUGACUUGAUUCUCAGGAAGGUGAACGAGUCGGAUGCGAGCGUGUUUGCCAAGAGAUAUGGCGGCUCGUCGCAAUGCUGGGGCGUGAUCUGGUCGAUUAUCUCGGUGCUCAUCAUGGCGGUGGGCAUUGUCGCUGGCUUGGCGGCCUUUUCGCAGUCGUUUCAACAGCAGGAGGAGGAUUCCAAGCACUUUAUUCCCACCUAG